AUCAUUGAUAAUGAAUCUACUUGGAUGCUUGUCAAUCUCGUCGACGUUUUGCACAUGGUCUUUAAACUUCAAAAUUGUAAUUUAAUUCAAACAUAUAUCAUGGAUACGAUUUGUAUGGAUCCGAAUGUAUUAUUUGUAUUAGAGGACUUUCCAACGGUUGAUAAAGAUAUUUUGGUGAGAAUUAUCAAGAGAGACGAUUUAAACACUCAAGAAAUUAAUAUAUGGAACCAUUUAGUGAAAUGGGGGACGGUGCAUUUAGCUACCUCACUUGGAAGAAACCCCGCUGAAUUCGAUAUUACGAAAUGGAAUGAUAAUGAUUUCAUGUCUUUUAAAAAUUUUUUGGACCCGUUUUUACCUUAUAUUCGAUUUUAUGAAAUAUCUAGUGAAGAAUUUUAUUAUUACAUUAGACCUUAUAAAAAA